GGUUUUGAUUGGCUGGCCUGGAGAACAGCGGUUACUUUUGAAUGCAAUCGUCAGGUUGGCGCUGACCGUUUGGGAUUAGAGUGGAGCUGCAAAUUGUGGGAACUGUCUCGUGAAAUCCUGUCCAUCAUUCCAAUAUUUGUUAAAAUAAGUUCUCCAUGGCGCCCAGGAAAAGAACAACGAACAAAAGCCGUAAAAAUGGGCCCAAGAUGGCCAAACUGGAGGCCUUCCUCGAUGACUUUGACAGUGAGGUAAAAACUAUUGUGGAGAGACUGAAGGAGAAGACAAACAGCCUCCUUAAGGAUGCAGACAAUUUCUACAACAUGAGCCUGAUAAAGCUGCCCAAAGCAGUGCGGCAGAUGAACUGGAUUGAGUUCUGCGAGUCUGAGAAGAAGGAGAAGACUCCAGAAGAAAAUGCAAAGAAAGAGGAAGUGGCGGCUCAGGUGGACAGUGUCAUGGCAGAGGUUCACACCAUUCCACCCAAGUCUGCCAAGAAAGUGGUCCCGAAGCACAGCAGACUGGCGGCAGCUUCUGAGGAUGAGGAGAACGUUCCCCAGAACCAGACUACCGUGAAGAAGGGUAAAACAACAAAGAAAGCGCCCUCCACUUCAAAAAGAGCCAAAGCUGUCUCAGUCAGCAAGCAGAACACGUCAAUAAGGAAAUCCAACCGGAAGCCCCUUGUCACUCCGGCUCGCAACCUGGACUGCUCUCUCAUGGGCCCUACUCCCCUGAUCACCCCGCGCUUUGACUCCAGGCUCCCGAAAACGCCGGCGGUGAGAGUGCCCCGGCACCAAGAGAGGAUCUACAGCAUCUCUGUCAACGGCUCGCCCAUCGCCGGGGGCACCAACGACAUCAUCCUGAACAUCCCUGCUGAGAACGGAGAGUGCCUUCAGCUGCUGGCCAGUGAGAUGGACUCUGUAGAUCUGAACCAGCUGGAUGACGCCACCAUGCAUCGCAUCAGACUGCUUCAGAGCCGCCUCACCACUCUCUGUGGACAGUCCAAGUGAUGACCUCCGAGGCCACUGCAGGCUUUGCACAGGAUUGCUUUUGUUAUACAGUGAAAUGCAAAAGUAUUUUAUUUUGAGGGUAUUUACACCCAAAUCUGGUAAUUAAUGUCAGAAGUAUGGCCCUUUUUAUGCAUAGUCCCCCAUUUUAUGGAGCAUAAGUAAUUUGACAAGUUAACAUAAUCUGAAAUAGAGUUGUCAUAUUUCGAGGUAGACGUACUUGGUUGCAAAUCCUUUGCAUUCAAUGACUGCCUGAAGUCUGUGACCCAUAGACACCAUCAGACACUGGGUAUGUUCCAUGGUGUGGCUCUGCUAGGCCUUUAUUGCAUCUUCUUGUGCUGGAGUACAGAACCAGAACAACAAAAAUUGGUUAAGGUUAAGUCCAAAUACUUAACCUGCACUGUAUAUAGUUUUUACCUCCAUUUUUCUCAUCUCUAAAGUGUAUAUUUCCUAUAUCAUGUAUUUCACUGUCUGUCAGCAGGUGUGAUAUCCAGCAUAAACUAUUGGAAGUGUUUAUUUUAAAAGUGCCAUGGUUUGUCCACAUUUCUUUCUGCUGACCUGUCACCGUUUUUUCGCUUCUGAUUAUUUUGCUUCUGACUGGUCUUACUUUAUAUUUGUCAUGUUUUUUGUGAGUAGGGAAGCAUGUGAUUUACUUUGUGCUAAUGCGCACAGCGUCUCAGCCGGGGUUUUUAUUUCAUUUUGUGUUUUUAUGUGGCAGUCCAUUACCUGAAAGGCGAGUGAGUUAGCUAGCAGGCUAGCUCUCAGCCUGGGGUUUCUCUUCCAGUUUCAGUUGUCAGCUGCCCAAAUGGCAGUGAUCUCUGCCCAUUCCUUAGCUCCCCUGAUUGUGACUAAAAAAAUUAAAUGUAUAUAUUUUUUCUGCUAAUUUUAUACUUUCAAUAUAGAACCACCUGAAACAAA